GACAAUGGGUUUAACUGAAGAUAUAAAAAAAGAAUUAUUCAGUCCUAAUUAUCAAUAUGGUCGUUGGUUAUCGUCUCCAUUACCUGGCGAAGAAGUAGUUAUAUCAGGCAUGUCCGGUCGUUUUCCGGAGUCAGACAACAUUUACGAGUUUCAAGAUAAUCUCUUCAGCAAAAAGGACAUGGUUACUGAAAAUGAUAAAAGGUGGAAAAUUGAUCGUCACGACUUUCUAAAAAGAAGUGGCAAUAUUAAUAAUAUUAACAAAUUCGAUGCUGGAUAUUUUGGAGUACAUUCUCGUCAAGCUGAUAAUAUGGACCCAGGUUUGAGAAUUUUGAUGGAAACGGUUAUUGAAGCUGUGAUGGAUGCUGGAGUAAAUCCGUUAGAACUGAAAGGAAGUAGAACUGGCGUAUUUAUUAGUGUUGGGUGGACGGAAAUGAAAAACACUACACUUAUCAGUAUUAAGGAACCACAGAAGUUUGCGAUUACUGGUUACCUUAAAUCGAUGUACGCUCACCGUCUUAGCUAUAACUUGAAAUUAAAGGGACCGUCAUUUACAGUUGAGAGCGCUUGUAGCAGUUCCGGGAACGCUCUUCACUCGGCAUUUAAAUCAAUGAGAAAUGGUGAAUGCGAAAACGCAAUAGUUGCUGCCUGUAAUUUAACUUUACAUCCUAAAACUACUAUUCAAUAUUUUGAUCUAGGAGCUUUAAGUAACGACGGUGCUUGUAAAGUAUUCGAUCAAAACGCUAACGGCUACGUUAGAAGCGAAGCUUGUGCAUGCAUUUUUCUUCAAAAAUCUAAGAAUGCGAAAAGAGUUUACGCGAAAAUUAUUCAUGCAAAAGUGAGCUGUGACGGGUUUAAAAAGGAAGGAAUUACAUUUCCUUCCUCAAAAAUGCAGGCAAAGCUUUUUACUGAAAUUUACCAAGAAAGCAAUAUUAGCUUUUCAAAUGUGAGUUACUUCGAAACACAUGGCACGGGUACUAAAGCUGGUGAUCCUGAAGAAGUGAAAGCUAUUCAUCGAGCUUUGGCAAACAAACGUGAAAGACAACUUCUCGUGGGUUCGUUAAAAUCAAAUAUGGGUCAUGCAGAAGCUGCAUCAGGAAUUUGUUCAAUAAUCAAAGUACUAAUAGCUAUGGAAAAUGGAUUUAUACCACCUAAUAUACAUUUGAAAAAAAUUAGAAAGGGACUCGAGGGGAUUGAACAAAACAGAAUGAGAGUUGUGACAGAAACUACUGAACUUCUAGGGCAUGAAGCUGUUGUAAGUGUUAACAACUUUGGUUUUGGAGGAAACAUCUGCCACAUCUUGUUACAAAGAUUUAAAAAAGAUAAAAUUGAAGGUGGACAGCCGAAAGACGAUGUCCCUAGAUUAGUUUGUGUCAGCGGUCGAACCAAUGAGGCAGUUUUGAAAAUGUUAAACGAUGUUUCUCCCAAAAACCUAGACGAAGAAUAUAUUAGUCUCCUUCAUCAAUUGUAUAAAGUGAAUUUUCCAAACCAUCUAUAUCGCGGAUAUGCAAUCGUCUCAAAAGGUGGAGUUGUAUCAAUGUCGUCGAAAUUAUUGACAACUCAACAUCCAAGCUUUCACGUAUUGUUUGGACUAUUUGUCAAUAAAUUUCGCACUAUGGCCUAUCAUUUGAUGAAGUUUUCAAUCUUCAAAGAUGUCGAGGCAAGAAUUAAUGAAAUUUUAAUGUUCAACAACGUGAAAUCGUUUCAAGAGAUUUUAAAUAGUACCGCAGAACCAGCUGAAGACGUUUUAGGGUCAAUAUGUUUGCAACUAAUCGUUGCAGAUAUUUUCAAAACGUUACAGUUGUCCCCUACUGGUUUGUUUGGUGAAUCUUUUGGGAAAAUCGCUGUUGCUUACUAUUACAAUGUUAUCCAACUGGAAGACGCAGUGUCAGCAGCGAUCAAAUUUAGUAAAAAAAAUAUACCAAAUAGAGUUGAUUCUAAACUCAAAGAGUUGAUGGGCGAUGGUUAUGAAAAUAAUGUUGAUCGAUCUAAACCCACUUUAACAUUAAAUAUUUCUGACUUGCCUCACAAUGGUGAAAACAAUUUAGUUGGAGAAAACGCUGAUAUCAAUUUGCUCGUUCUGUUGGGAACAUUAUACACCGAAGGUUACCUUCCUCAAGUUCACAAGCUUUACUCUACAGUAAAGUUCCCUGUAAGUAGGGGCACCUCCAUGAUUUCACCUUCUCUGCAAUGGGAUCACAAGAGAUCUUGGUAUACGUACAAAUUUAGUGAAUUCAAAUCAGUAGAUACUGAACAGUCUGAAUACAGAUAUUCAGUUGUAAACGAGGCACAACAGUUUCUAGAAGGUCACGUUGUUGAUGGACGCAACAUUUUUCCUGCCACUGAAUAUUUAAAUUUAGUUUGGCAAACAUAUGCACGGAGUCGAAAAUUAUUAGUCACCAAAAUUCCUGUUUUAUUUGAAAACUGUAAAUUUCUCAAAGCUCUUACAGUGCCCAAGAGCGGUUACGUAAAACUGCUUAUAACGAUUCAAAAAGGAACAGGUAAUUUCGAAAUUCUUGAAAACAAAUCUCUAUUGGUUAGUGGUCGUAUCCAAGCUUGUCCAAAUGCAAACCAGCAACAAAUUGACUGGCCAUAUUUGACUUCGUUCAGUGACGAUCAAUUAGAAAUUUUGGAACAGGACGAAAUUUAUCGAGAACUUUGCCUAAGGGGUUACAGUUAUAGUGGUUUGUUCAAAGCCAUAAAACGAUGCAACAUAAAAGCUUCUAUAGGUGUGAUUAAGUGGGAGCACAAUUGGUGUACGUUUAUGGAUAAUAUGCUUCAAAUGAAAAUCCUUGGUAUUGACACAAGAUUGCUUUACGUUCCUGUUGGUAUCAAGAAAAUUAUCAUCGAUCCUUUAAAACACAUGGGUAUUGUGAAAAGUCAGGAUGGAGAAGAACGUCUUUUACCUGUUUAUGUAAACGUGGACUGUAACAUAAUCAAAUCUGGUGGAAUUGAAAUACAUGGACUGCAAGUCAAAUCCGUUUUCAAGAAAAAACUGUGGAUCGAACCAGUUUUAGAAAAACAUGUUUUUGUACCAAAUAAUUUAUCUCUAGAUUUGGAUGAAGCAGUGAGAAUCAACAUCCAGAUUAUUUUAGAAAAUACUCUAGAAAGCACGUUUAAAGCUGUGGAAAUCAUCAACAAAUUUACAGAUACAAACGCUGAAUGUAUAUUAGGCUUUGUAAAUAAAGCCCUUGUAGAUCUUCCAUUGGUGACUCCUGAUCUAACCAUUUCGUCAAAAACCACUGUAGAUGAAGCACUUGGCAUAAAAUUCGAAAGUGUUACCUUAACGUCAGAAAGUAACAUACUUUUGUACAUUGGUAGCAAGAUUCUCCAAAAAUCUGACAAUAUACAACAAUUCUUAACACCUCUUAGCAAAAACGGAUUUAUUUUAACACGAGAAGAUAUCAACUUCAAGCUAGAAAAACAUAUCAAUGAAAUCGAAAUUCUCACUGAUUAUGUAACUCCAAAUGAACGGAUUAUUUUAUUUAGGAAAAAAGUGAAGAUUGAGAAAUCCAAGUUUGUCAAAAUAUCUUCAUAUAAUUUCGAUUGGUUGCCCGAAUUACAAAACUUUAUAAAUCUAGGGAAUAACAUCAUAGUUUAUGCAACAAACCAAGUUCCUGAAGGGAUAUUGGGUUUGAUAAAUUGCAUCAGACGGGAAACAAGUAAAAACUUCGUUCAGUGUUUUUUCAUGAUGGACGAUGCUCCCGAAUUUGAUCCCCAACAUUCAUUUUAUAGUAAACAAAUCAGUAAAAAUUUGGCUAUAAACGUUUAUAAGGAUACAUCUUGGGGAACAUAUAGACAUCUGCGUUUGGACGAAAGCCCGAAAAUUGUUUGUGACGAUACCUAUGCCUAUUUCAAAAGUCGAGGAGAUAUAUCUAGUUUCGAAUGGUCAGAGGGACUUUUAACUAAACAACUACCAUUGAAAAAAGAGCAACUCUUGACUUCGACAUAUUAUUCGUCAAUCAACUUCAAAGAUAUUAUGGCAUCUACCGGGCGCAUAACUCCAGAAAUUUUAGACCCUCAUCGACUUGGCCAAGAAUGUCUAAUAGGAUUUGAAUUUUCCGGAAUAGAUUUAAGUGGCCGUAGAUUAGCUGGAAUGAUCAAUGCUCAAGGCAUUUCGUCUUACGUUACUUGUGAUUCUUCCUUGGCCUGGAGAAUUCCAGAUUCGUGGUCACUUGAAGAUGCAGCAACGGUUCCUGUUGUGUAUUCCACUGUUAUUUACGCUCUUUUAAUGGUUGGAAAUAUGAAACCAGGUUCAACAAUUCUCAUUCAUUCCGCUACUGGCGGUAUUGGACUAGCUGCUUUGAAUCUUUGUCUUCACUAUGAAUGCGACAUUUACGUAACCGUCGGCACUCAGGAAAAAAGAGAGUAUUUAAGGAAAAAUUAUCCACAAAUUCCGGACAGCCAUAUGGGACAUUCACGAGACACCUCAUUUGAACACAUGAUCAAAAGAGAAACCAAGAGUCGAGGAGUUGACUUCAUUUUAAACUCGUUAAGCGAGGAUAAGUUGCAUGCUUCCAUUAGGUGUCUAGCACGAGGUGGACAACUUAUGGAAAUUGGCAAAUAUGACUUAGCUAAUGACAAUUCUUUCAAUUCUUUGUUUAUGGAAAGAGAAGCCAUCUAUCAUGGUAUAUUUUUAGAUGAUGUUUUUAGGAAUGUUAAGGAAAUGAAGUCUAAAGUGGUAAAAUACUUGAGAGAGGGAAUAAAAUCAGGUUUCGUAAAACCACUGCCUAGAAUUGUGUUCAACGCGGACGAGAUAGAGAAAUCGUACAAACAUAUGUUGGCAGGCAAACACAUUGGCAAAAUCCUAAUCAAGUUGCGAAAUGAAAACAAAGAUAAAAAUAUUCGUACUUGCAAUAUAAAUAAAUUAGAAAUUAUGUCAAAUCCAAGAUUCCAAUGUGGCAGCCAUUACACUUAUAUCGUUAUUGGAGGUCUUGGAGGAUUUGGUUUAGAAUUAAGCGAUUGGUUGGUUCUGAGAGGUGCCAGAAAACUGGUACUGACUUCCAGAUCGGGAAUUCGAAAUGGUUACCACCUACAAAGAAUUAAUACUUGGAUAUCGUAUGGUAUUGAAGUCAAGGUCUCUACAGACGAUGUGACAACCGAGGCAGGAUGUGAAAAUUUAAUUAAAGAAGCAAGUGCACUGGGAUUUGUUGAUGGCAUAUUUAACUUAGCGGUUGUACUUAAAAUCGCACUAUUUGAAAAUCAAAGCGAAGAAAAUUUUCACGCCGCGCUAGAGCCGAAAGCUUACGCUACACUACACUUGGAUCGAGUAAGCAGGAAAUUAUGUCCACAGCUAAGGUACUUCGUUGUAUUUUCUUCUUUAUCUUGUGGUCGUGGUCAUGUAGGUCAAAGCAACUAUGGUAUGGCAAACUCUGUUAUGGAAAGAAUAUGCGAAAAUCGAAAGCGUGAUGGAUUACCAGCCGUAGCUAUCCAAUGGGGUGCAAUCGGUGAAGUUGGUUUGUUAGCGAGAAUGUAUGAAGAAAAUGAAGAGUUAGUGAUUGGUGGUACUCUCCAACAAAAAAUUUCAAGUUGUCUUGAGGUAUUAGAUGUGCUGAUAAAGCAUGAAUAUCCAGUCGUUUCUAGUAUGGUGGUAGCUGAAAAAUAUCACAAAAGCGACAAUCUUACUGCAGUCGCAGCUGUUGCUCAUGUUAUUGGCAUAAAAAAUAUGAAAACUAUAAGUCAGUAUACGACAUUUCCAGAACUCGGUAUGGACUCGAUGAUGAAUACAGAAAUUGUUCAACUUCUAGAGAAAGAUUUUGAAAUUUACGUAACAUCUAAAGAUGUGAAAAGUUUAACAUUUGCAAGACUGACUGAAAUGGAGGCAGAGAAUAAAUCUGGGGAAAUUACUUGCAACAAAACGCAAGGAAAUACAAAUUUUCUCAUUGAGCAUAUUCGCAACAUCGUAAAUAGUCAGCUUGCUGCUGUUAGAUUGAAAAGUCAAGUGGGAUUAUCUGAAGAAGCUCCAACCGUUUUCGUGCUACCAGGAGUUGAAGGCCUCUUAAAACCACUAGAAUAUUUGACAAAUUCGCUAAACGCACAUGUAAUUGGAGUACAAUACAAUUAUAAAAAUCCAGAAAAAAGCAUUGAAGAAAGUGCGAAGAAUGCGUUGCCGCACAUCGAGAUUUAUUUAUCCAGAAGAAUGCCCUUUUUCUUCAUUGGAUAUUCAUUUGGAACUUUGGUCGGCUUAGAAAUUAUUAGUUUGUUAGAAGAAAAGGGAUAUUUUGGUACCCUAAUUUUAAUCGACGGCUCACCAACAUAUAUAAAUUCUUUUGUAAAAAAAUUGUUUACUCAUGAAAAAGAAAAAUCAGAUUUCCAUCCUGCAUUUUUGAGUAAAAUCUCUUUUAUGAUUCCUUUGGAUCUACUUUCACAAAAUGAGGAAACGUUGCUAAAUUCCAAAGAUUUAGAAAAAGGAAUCGAUUUACUUCUAGCUUUGAUACCUUUGCAAAUAAGUGACAAGUUUAAACUAGAAAAACAGGCAGCUAUCACCAUGUAUCAUCGUUUGAAUGCUAUAUUUAAUUAUACAUUUAAAAACAAGAAAAUUAAAUCUUCAGUACAUUUGUUCAAAGCAAAAUUUGCCAUGGUUGAUGACAGACCUGACUAUCAAUUAUCAGAAAUCAGCGAGAAUUUAGCGCAAGUAACUACAAUAGAUGGUGACCACGUAACAAUUUUAAACAACCGAGAUCUUGUAGAAACUGUUAAUGAGAUUGUAAGGCUACAGUGA